UUCAAAAUUCAAGGACAAAGAGACUCAUUUCCUCUUCUCAUCCAGUCGUUUGUGUAAUCAAUCAAUCAAGAAUAUACGUUUCUUCACUAGUUGUAAUCUGAUCAUCGUUUUCAUAUAAGUAAGCAUGGAUUCUUGUGAGCUUUCGAGAAUUACUCGAUCUUCUUCUUCAUCUCUGGCCAUAUACGGAACCGUCGUUAAUAUUUGCUGUUGAGAUUCUAGCGAUCCGUUUUUUUUAUAUCUUUCUACCGCUUUUUCGAUCUAUAGAUCUUACGGAGUUCGUUUUUUGAGAAGGAGAUUAGUAUGUCGAAGUCUCAAGUGUGGCAACCUUUCAAAAAGAAAAGGUCUUAAAGUAACAGAGAUCUGAGAAGGAAGAAGGAUUUGAGGUAAGAAAGUGAUAGAUCAGAUCCAGAGUUUAAGAAUGGCGUCUCGAAUCUCAAGUAGCAGCAGCAGCAGUCAUACGACGCGUACGCGCGUCGGGAGAUACGAGCUUGGGAGGACACUAGGUGAAGGAACUUUUGCGAAGGUGAAAUUCGCUAAAAAUACGCAGACAGGUGAGAAUGUUGCUAUAAAGAUUCUCGACAAAGAAAAAGUUCUUAAGCAUAAUAUGAUCGAACAGAUUAAACGUGAAAUCUCGACAAUGAAAUUAAUCAGACAUCCGAAUGUUAUCCGUAUGUAUGAGGUUAUGGCUAGCAAGGCGAAAAUAUACAUAGUUUUGGAGUUUGUAACGGGUGGAGAACUUUUUGACAAAGUUGCUAGUAAAGGGAGACUUAAGGAAGAUGAAGCAAGAAAGUAUUUCCAGCAGCUUAUAAACGCGGUGGACUAUUGUCACAGCAGGGGCGUGUACCAUAGAGACCUUAAACCCGAGAACCUGCUCUUAGAUACAAAUGGAAUUCUCAAAGUGUCAGAUUUCGGAUUGAGUGCUUUACCGCAGCAACUUCGGGAAGAUGGAUUAUUGCAUACAACUUGUGGCACACCAAACUAUGUUGCUCCAGAGGUGAUCCACAAUAAAGGGUACGACGGAGCUAAGGCUGAUCUAUGGUCAUGUGGUGUGAUUCUUUUUGUUCUUAUGGCUGGAUAUCUGCCAUUUGAAGAUCCAAACCUCGUGGUGCUGUACAAAAAGAUAUCCAAAUCUGAUUUUAACUGUCCUCCUUGGGUUUCGGCAAGUGCAAAGAAAUUGAUCAAGAGAAUGUUGGAUCCUAAUCCCGUGACUCGAAUCACGUUUGCUGGAGUCAUUGAGAAUGAUUGGUUUAAGAAGGAUUACAAACCGCCCACUUUUGAGCAGGAAGAUGUUUGUCUUGCUGAUGUGAAUGCUUUAUUCAAUGAAUCCGAGAAUUUUGUUGUGGAAAGACGGGAAGAUCAAGCUGCUCCUGUGACUAUGAAUGCAUUUGAGCUCAUCUCUAGAUCUCAGGGUCUCAACCUCAGUUCAUUAUUUGAAAAGCAAAUGGGACUUGUAAAACGUCAAACAAGGUUCACAUCUAAAUGUUCUCCCAAUGAGAUAAUCUCGAAAAUCGAAGAAGCUGCAGGACCUAUGGGGUUUGAUGUGAAGAAAAACAAUUACAAGCUGAAACUUCAAGGUGAGAAGACUGGGCGAAAGGGUCAUCUAGCUGUUGCAACCGAGAUUCUCGAGGUAGCUCCUUCGGUUUACAUGGUUGAGCUUCGUAAAUCUGGUGGGGACACGCUGGAAUUUCAUAAGUUUUAUAAGGAGCUCUCAACGGGUUUGAAAGAUGUUGUCUGGAAAUUAACCGAUGAACCACUCGAGGAAGCGAAAAAUGGUUAGUAAUUCAAAGUAGUAUUAAAGUAUUGUCUUAAACAAACUUUGUGCAUUGAAAACAAUGGGACAAUAACAUAAUAAUAAUAUGGUUGGGUUUUUUUUAAACAUGUGGGUAAUUGCUUGUUUUUGAUAACUGUAAUUAAAUUUGGCAAUGGAUUAUAAUUUUGAGAGUUGGUAGUGUGAAAAUAUUGAUGAUUUGAUGUGAUAUGAAAGUGAAAUUGAAAAUGUUUGUUUUCAAUUAUGAGUGUUUUUUAAAAAGGUAUUAUUUGAUUCUCUA